CGGGGCGGGACCCGCCGGAGCGCGGCCCCCGGCGCAGCGGCCCCCGGCCGGGCAUCUCCGCCGGCAGCGGCCUCGCGGCCCCUUCGCCUCCUCCGGCCGCUGCGAGAGCUCCGGCCGCCCCAGCGGAGGCGGUGCCGGCGCCGGCGGCCCCGAGAGCCCCGCGGCGCGGCUCCCUCCAAUCGCGGGCCCGGGGCGGGGCCGUGCGGUGACAUUGAGCGGCGCCCAGCAGGCCCGAGGCAGCGCCAUGUGGGGCCCCGCCGAAAGGGCUGUUAAACUGCUGGGAAGAAACAUUCCCUCAGUUCUGAGAAUGACUGAGGGAGUGGACCUGAAGAUAAGCAGGAGGCUGUGCAUUAAACCCCAGCAAGAGCUGCAGUCAAAGGGUCGAUCUGCUUCGGGGGUGCCUGGAUACAAGCCUACAGAGUGGGAGAGAAGGUUUUUGUUGUGGGCAGGCUAUUUCAAAAAGCCAGAGGAUAUACCAGAGACUGUCUCGCUUGACACACUGAGAGCAGCACAGACCAAGCUGCGUGUGAAGUUCAGCUAUGUCAUGAUUGCCCUGACAAUAGUGGGAUGCAUCACCAUGGUGGUCCAAGGGAAGCAGGCUGUGAAGAGACAUGAAUCUCUUACGAGCAUAAACUUGGAGAAGAAAGCCCAGUGGAAAGCGGAAGCAGAAGCAUCUGCUAAACCAUAGGGGAGGAAGUGAAGAGAUCAAGGACUGGGUAGAAAAGCAAAGUGCUUUGCAGCACUGAGAAGAGGAUAUCAUCACAGCUUUCCUCUAUGUUAGUUCUGUACACUCAUGUUCAGGAAAGAAAGAAUAUGUUGUCCUGUUAUCAAUAAAACAAAUAAAACCAGAAA